GAUCCAUCCAAACUCCAAAGUCUCAUUCACACCAACAACAAUGCAUCUCUAACUCCCUCCCGUCUCCCUUCUUAACCUCCCCACCCUCUUCCUCCCCUCCAAUCCUUUCUCCUCCACCCUCCAGAAUCUCACGUACACAGCAGCCACAAGGCUUCUCUUCAAUGGAGCCCUGUACUACCAAGCAGUUCCUCCCCAUGCCUCCGCAGGAUCCCAACUCGCCGUCGUCUUCCACCUCCUCUACGUCGUCGUCCUCCACCUCGCCGUCUCACCCCUACCACCGCCCGCAACCGCAACCGCACCACAACCUUCCACCUUCCCCCAGGCCCGUACCCCGCACCAUCGAGACCACCCCUUUCCCCACGACCUUCGUGCAGGCCGACACCACCUCCUUCAAGCAGGUCGUCCAGAUGCUCACCGGCUCCGAGCAGCCCUCCAAGAACGCCGCGCCGGCAGCACCCGCCGCAGGCAACAGCAGCGCCGGGAUCGGCGCCAGCCAGGCGUCGACCCGGCCCAAGAAGCCGUCGUUCAAGCUGUACGACCGCCGGAGCAGCAUGAAGAACCUCAAGAUGAUCGCGCCGCUGGCGAUGGGCGCGCCGGCGUCGCCCAGGAAGGCGGCCGCCACGCCCGAGAUCCUCUCGCCCAGCGUCCUGGACUUCCCGUCCCUCAAGCUCAGCCCGGUCACGCUGCUCACCGGCGACGCCUUCAACCCCUCGCCAGCGUCGUCCUCGGGGGACGCCGAGCGCGCGGCCAUCGCUGACAGAGGGUUCUUCUUCCACCCUUCGCCGCGUGGCGCCGCUGCCGAGCCGCCGCGGCUCCUCCCGCUCUUCCCCGUCAGCUCCCCCAGGAUGGCCGCGUCUGCGACUCUGGCGGCCCCGGCAGCCGAGUGACUCGGUCCAAGCUUCCGCAGUAGGCGCGCGCCUCUUGGCUAUGAAGUAAUCUACACAACAGCUACCACUACUACCAUCGCCGUUUCUUCGCAGUUCUAGUUUUUGUACUCCUGUUGUUUGCUGCCGUUCUCCUCCCGUGCUGCUUGCUGCUGCCGCUGCUGUAAUUUUUGCUCCCUUCUUGAAAGGAAGAGGGGAGUUCCUUUUUGGAGUUCACGAGCGACUGUAUGAUCCGAGCUUCAGAUUCAGAGCUAUGAUAUCUCGAUCGCUCGCCUGAACUCCCAGGGAUCGAUUAAUCAAUUAUAAGUAAGCUCAAUAAUUCUGAACCUGCUGUUUCUAGA